CGUCUCCAAGAGCUCCUGUCCUACCUCUCCAGGCUUCUUCUCCCAUCUCCUCUAUUCAAACCUUAUAAUUUCCAUCUGGAGAGGAUUAGAUAAGAGCAUCGUCUGUACUUGUCCCAUCCUCACGGUCAUGCUGCGGUCGCCUCUUCGGGCGUGCGGUUCCCCUAGGGUGCACCGCUACUCUGUCCUCCGCUAUCGGCAUGCGCCGAACUCGCAAUACCAAGGCAAUGGUCGCGGGUUCACAAAUUCUUCAGCAACAUAUCCCACACUUUCUCAAUUUGAUCGAUCGGACUUCACCAGUCAGCCAUGGACUGGAAGUUAUGAAGCAGGGUUGCCAACAGCUGGGCCUCUCGGGUCUACUCCGGCCUUCGGGGCCCCGCGGGUCACGCCGAGAUCCUUGAAACAGUAUCUAGAUCAGUUUGUAGUGGGACAAGAUCGUGCCAAGAGAAUAUUGAGCGUUGCUGUGUUCAAUCAUUACCAACGAGUGCAAGAGCUGCAAAGGCGAGAGGAGGAAAACGCAGAGUCACUGGCCAAGCGCGCACGCAGGGAGGCACUCGAGCGCCACCCGGUCGAGGAUGAAUUUCCAGGUCAACAACGAACCGUCCCUCUCCCUCCGAACGCGGAUCUACUUGCGCCCACGACGGCCCCGGUUGAACUUGAAGACUCGCCAGACUCGUCGCCACUGCAGCUAGAGAAGUCGAAUAUUCUACUCCUGGGACCAUCGGGUGUUGGCAAAACGUUGAUGGCAAAGACAUUAGCAAGGAUCUUGUCGGUCCCAUUCAGCAUCUCCGAUUGCACUCCGUUCACCCAGGCCGGCUACAUCGGCGAAGAUGCGGAUGUCUGCGUUCACCGGCUGUUGGCCGCGGCGAAUUACGAUGUGGAGCAGGCCGAACGAGGCAUAAUUGUCCUGGACGAGGUGGACAAGCUUGCAGCCACGAAGAUCAGCCACGGCAAAGAUGUCAGUGGCGAAGGAGUACAGCAAGCUCUUCUGAAGCUUAUCGAGGGUACAACCGUCCAGGUCCAAGCGAAGCAGGAGAGGAGCGCGCCUCGCGUCAACAACACCCCGAACACAUAUCCGUCGAACAGCCCUUUGGGUAACUCCCCGUUCACCCCACCUGGAGGGGGACAUAGUCCACAGAAGGGAGAGGUCUACAAUGUGCGUACCGAUAACAUCCUCUUCAUCUUCUCCGGUGCUUUUGUCGGCUUGCACAAGGUCGUCAUGGAUAGGAUAGCCCGUGGCUCAAUCGGCUUCGGUCAACCGGUUCGGGCGCAGUCAGGCUCCUCCGAGCGUGCAAGGGAAUCAGGCUCGGCGAAUAAUAACCAGCCGGUUCCCAUUCUCCCUGGCUCCGAGGAGGAAGCACUCUACCAAAAACACCUCCCCUUUUUCAACUCCGCCGCAUCCGCAUCACCCAACGGCGAGCCAGCCUAUUUCAACGCCCUAGACCUAUUGAACCCAACAGACUUGCAGAAUUACGGGUUCAUCCCGGAGUUAGUGGGUCGGGUUCCGGUCACAGCUGCACUAUCAGCGCUGACGGUCCCGUUACUCGUCCGCAUUCUCACCGAACCUCGCAACUCCCUACUCGCCCAGUACACGACCCUCUUCUCUCUUUCCGGCAUCGAGCUCCGCUUCACAACGCCCGCGUUGCACAAGGUCGCCGCCAACGCAUUCAACAUGGGAACAGGCGCCCGCGCUCUCCGAACCGAGCUCGAGACGAUCCUCAGCGACGCGAUGUUCGAAACCCCGGGCUCCAGCGUCAAAUUCGUGCUGGUCACCGAAUCCGUGGCGGAGCGCAAGGAGAAGCCGAUCUAUCUGUCCCGCGGGCAAGGCGGGCGCUUCCAUUCUCUCAUCGCCGCCGAGGAAAGUAAAUGGGAGGAGAGGCUGCGGCGCGAGAAGAAAGCCAAGACCAAGGACAAACAGCCCAAGCCGCAGACUUCGCCUGAGAUGCAUGCAAUCUCAAACUUCAAGGAAUACCGUAACCGAGCAGCUGGCUUCUGAGGAGAGGCUGAUGAUCCUUGGUCCGCUCACAUCCUCGUUAUCUCCAUCUUCCAUCCCUAUCUCCCUCUCCGUGUAGGUUUCCACAUGCAGCGAUUGGCCUUUUCUGUUUGGUUCGUUUGGCGCCGGGGCAGCUGGGCUUGCACAGUUUCUAUCUCAGAGUAGUCCUUUAUUUUGUAUUUCCCGUAUGCGAAUAUGCAUCCUCUUGUGAAUAUCAUGAUAUCAUUUG